CCGACAAGCGAGAUCUCGCCCCAACGCUGUUCCGUGCCUCCUGCUUCCUGCUGCCCCAUCUGUCUCGGCCGCCGGGCUCGUCUGCGACCAUACCAGACCUGCAGUGCUGCCGUGAUACCUGCCACAGCGCACACCCGAUCGCUCCCGACUGCCCUAGAGCCGCUGCCGCUACUGCCGCACCAUGACCGCCGAGCUUCCGCCCCAGCUGCUGAAGCUCUUUGCCCCAAGACCGCCGCUGCCCCAGCUCCCACUCCCAUAUGCCCCGAAGCGAACUCUGACAAAGCGAUCGAUCCUGCAAGGCAUCGGCAACUUCCUGCCGCUAUGUGAAGGACAUGACGCCGAAUACGUGCCUGGAGAAACGCUCGAGGAGAAGAGGAAGCGCAAGGCCCAGGAGAAGUCUGCCAAAGUCCAGCAAGCCAUUGAGGAGGGACUUGCGAACUGGGACCCAGCGGCAGAGGGCAGGUUUUCGUCCGACCCAUACAAGACACUCUUUGUCGGCGGCCUGUCGUAUGAAACCACGGAGAAGAUUCUGCGAAAGGCGUUUGAUCAAUUUGGUCCGAUUCAGAGUAUCGAGGUUGUCAAGACAUCCGAGGGAAAAUCGCGCGGCUAUGCUUUUAUCGAGUACGAGCGGGAGAAGGACAUGAAGAUCGCCUACAAAGAAGGCGACGGCAUGAAGAUUGAUGGCCGACGUGUCGUGGUGGACGUCGAGCGUGGUCGUACUGUCAAGGGAUGGAGACCGCGACGUCUGGGCGGCGGACUCGGCGGCACCCGCAACGGUCCUCCCGAGAAGAAUCAAAAAUAUGCCGGCCGAGACGCUGGACCGGACUCGCGGGGCGACAGCCGAUACGAUAGUCGAUACGAUAGUCGAUACGACAGCCGAUACGACCGCAGAUACGACCAGCACGACAACAACCGCGAUCGUGACCGCGGCUACGACCGAGACAGGGAUCGAGACCGAGGAUACGAUCGAGACCGCGACAGGGACAGGGAUAGGGACCGAGACAGGGAGCGCGAUCGUGACAGAGACCGGGAUCGUGGACGAUACGGCGACCGAAAGAGAAGCCGCAGCCGGGAGCGUCAUAGAUCAAGGAGCCCCCGAGACGGGCGGAGCAAUCGCGAUGACCAUUACCGAGACCGCCGAUACUGAGCCUCUCAACGGCCUGGAGCUGACGGCAUGUGCAUUGUGGAGCUGGAUGCUGCUUGGCAACCAAUUUGUGCCCUUUACCUCUCUACCCCUCUAUACGCAUGGCCCGUCGGCUGCUUUCCUAUCCUGUGCGUUGGCUUUCACUGUCCUGGGCGUGAAUGACUCCUACGCUUUCUCCCGGCUGCCCAAGGCCCUUGCUGGCCCACUGGCCUGCUGGUUCCUCUGCAUCGUCAAUAUAAAGGUGGUGAGUUGUCGACAAAGCCGAUCGGACAACGCUCGAUGGCAGGUAAAAGCGGCAGGUAACCACCCUGUUGUGAUUGAUCGCAGCGUUUCCAACAUGAACUGGUCCGCCCGAUUCCGAGACUGGGACACGAUUCGGUUGUUUCGUCCGCAAUACAUGCCUGCGUGCAUUCCCCUCGACGGCUCGUUCCAAGCGCACUUGACUCCUGC